AAUGAAUAGCUAAUCGAUGUCAGUGUGCGACAUUCUGUUCUGUUCCCCUCUGGGCCAACAUUUUCUUUCUCCCAGACAUUGUAUCACGACUCUGGUAUUAGCUGCUUCGUCCGAGUCCCGGUGGACCACAUUGAAAUCAGCAUGAAAUCUCUUCUGGCCUUCCUGCUCUGCUUCUCACCUUUUCUGUACAUGGAGGUGGAUGGGGCACCUAAUGGUACGGAAUCUCGCGAGGAAGAAACUACAAAACCCCAGCAACAAAUUCCACAAGUAGAACCUCCUGGCAAUGUCACUGCUGAAAGCCUCAAGGAAAAGCUGAAAACGGCGAAAGAAACGAUGCAGAACAUGAUGGCCAUCGCAGAGGACUGGGUGAAUCGACUCGAAGAGAAGGAAGAAAGAAACGAGACGCACGAGAACGAUACCGGAAUCGCUUUUCGUUCCGACCUCCACCGGGAGAUCCUCACGAACCGGGAACUCAUGAAGGAGCUCCUCAACGUUUCUCAUUGGAGAGAACACGGUAAGACGUCAGUACAAGACUCCCAGUCAUCGACGGAAUCCCCCCUCCAAAGCAAGUACCACCAUCGAUCGUCCAAGCGCUGUGACUCCCUUGUUCCCUGGCUGAGGAAGAUGGCAAGGGGAGUCGAUAUCGCCCGGAUGGACUUGCUCCCUCUCGACUUCACCGGACCGGAUGGCUUCAAGCGCCCUCUCUUUGACUUCACCUGCGAACGAGGUUCCACGAUCAUCGUGAACAACACAGAGUUCCAAUUGCCAGAUCAAGUAUGGGAGGUGACGCGCAUUCCGGGAGGUUGGUUGUCACCCAGCGUGCAGCUCUUUAAAUCCUAUCAGGAUGUAAGGCGUUCCAUGGCCCUUCAAGUCGAGUAUGAGCCGGAAUCAUCGGAUUUAUUCAAGUUGGCGUUCUCUGCCAGUCGCUCCUACGAGCGCAUGCAGCACAUAAUCGCCAACAAGUCGCAUUACAUCAAGGAGGUGUCUUCCUUCGAAACGGCCUUUCAGGUUGACCUCAUACCAAGUUGGGUCCUCCAUCUCAGCAGGUUGACGGCAGUGUUUGUCGACAGUCGCUUACCGAAAAGCUUCACCGAAGAUCCUGGUGCCUACGAGGAAUUUAUUGCAAAUUUCGGCACGCACUAUUUCAAGUCCGCAAAAUUUGGAGGAUUAAUCAAGCUCCUGCUCGAAACUCACUCGGACUACUUCGAGAAUAAAUCCGAUGAGGAGAUGAAAGCCCAGGCCCUAGCCUUCUUCCUGAAAAUUCUUCCUUGGAAAAUCAGCCAAUCUGACUCUGACGCGCAGGGGAAAGCGAACCGUUUUACCGGAUACGGAUACGAUCCGCAUAACCAACAGGUGACGAAGAGGUUUCAAGAGAUGACAAUGAGAUUUGAACAGAUGACAAAAACCAUCAGUCAGUUCCCCGGUGCAAAGAUUGAACACACGAAGAAUAAGGUCGGAUCGGUGGUGUGCUCCGAAUUAGCCGAAGAAAUGUCGGUGGUCCUUCACGUUGGGACCAACGAUACUCCCAAGUUUGGCUCUGAACUCAUGGGCAGGUUGAGGCAGGCUAUUAGGACGUGUCGGGAGGUAAGGCCGGGGCUACGGGUGGCGGGCUUUAUGGAGGAAUGCAUCCCCAAGAAGUCCAUGAAAUCGGUCAGGCAACCGGUCUGGUUUACGAGUAAAAUCAAAGCACUCAUCAGGGAUGAAAGGCAGAAAUGGGAUACGUAUAAGCGCAAGAGAGAUAGAAAGGACUAUGAUGAAUAUAGGAGGUACACGAGGACGCUGAAGUGGGAAAUCAGAUCUGCGAGACAGGGGGUCGAGGAACGACUGGCAAGCGAUGCUAAGACUAAAAGUCUUAGUCCCAAGGCUUUUAAUCGGUACUACGGUGGGGAUAUGAACGAAAUUUCCUCUAAGGCGUUCCGGGAUUGGCAGUCCACAAUUUCGGAAAGUCCCUGGCUAAUAUCUGGGGAGCUGACGCCCAUUAGCAGUCUUAUUCAGGAUAAAAACAAGAGUGCGUCCAUGGAAAAGGCCGUCAAGAACCAUCUUCUGCGUGCUUACGUAGGGGAGCUUGCCAGAAUCGUCGAGGCGGUGCCUUCGCGAUGGACUUUCGGUUUGAGCCAGCUCAAGUCACUCAUGGGCAGGAUCGCCACUUUUCAGAGCACUCGCAUCCUGGACGAGGAGAAAGUGGAGCAGCUCGGUGCAGACGUGAAGGCCCAGGUGGAAUUUCCGUCCUGGUUCACGCAGUGGACGCAGCUUUGCUUCCGCUGGGAAUCGGGGGGCGAGAAUACGUGCGGGACCGGAGCGGAGGCACAGCAGCUUUGUGCCAAUCCUGGCAAUAUGACCGACGUCUACAUGGACGUCACCCAAAACGGAGAGGAUUGUAAAAUGAGCUGGGGAAUCCAAUCCGUGUUCGAACCGGACUGGUUCAACGAAGUCCAGCUCUGCUUCCGCUGGUCCAAGUGCCGUGAUAGCACAUCCUGGAAAGCGUGUGGGAGCGACAUCGAUCCCCCGCUAUGCGCGACGGUGAACACGUGGACCACGUUUUACCACGACACCACUAACUCCCGCAUGUCGUGGAUGCUGAUAGUGCCCAGCACGGCCCCCGUCUGGCUCCACAAUGUCAAGAUCUACAACGCCAGUGACUGGGUGCUGAGUUCUCCAACCCCUCCAGAGAUGGCGAGAGCGACAGGAUCCUCAGUUCGUCGUCCCAACCAGGAAAGGCACCAGCGACAGGGUCCGCUGCUCGUCAUCCCCUCCAGAGAUGGCGUUUGCAUUGGUGGCACUCAAGAAAUUGAGUUCUCGUCGCCUCCAAUCUUCCUGGCAACACCUCUCUACACCAAAGUAAAGAGGGGAGGUCAACGCCCCAAUUUGAGUGCCACCAAUGCAAGCACCAUCUCUGGAGGGGAUGACAAACUGGGGACCCUGUCGCUGGCAUCCUGUCUGGAGGGAAUGAAGAAUGUUGUACCCUGUCGCCAUCGCCAUCUCUGGAGAGGACGACGAACUAAGGGUCCUGUCGCCGGCGCGACAUGGUGGGAUGCCUCGACCGAACAGACCUCACCCCAAUCACCGACGUUCAAAUUGGAGAUUCUAGAAGGCAUUACAUGUUCUGAUACCGAAUCCACGGGUCGCAAGGAAGCGAAAGAAAGACGCAGGAACCGCGAAAUAGCGAAACGGCGAGGAAAGAGCGCGAAGUUGCUCCAAGCACUGCUCCAGUUGAUCUUCGCCUGUGGCUGCGAGGCGUGGACCUUCGAGGCGGCAGACGCGAGAAGACACGGUGGAUCAUCCAACGAAUCCUUCAAACGUCGUGGAAGAAUGGAAGGGCAGGCGAGUGGAGCUCGAGGAGGUCUGCACCGAGAGGAGUCAUCCGACGCCAGAGUGCUUCGCGCCGAGGGAGGGGAUGUCGUCUUUUGCAGGGAUCUUUCGUAUCGAGAAAGGCAGAGAAAGGCAGAGAAGGACCGACACGGGAAGUCGACGUCGGAGACCGGAUGGGCCCGUCCGUCCCCGGUGGAGGCCAGAAGGAAAGCUGCCGACCUCGGCCGGCGCGGGUUCCUUCGUCCUGCCGUCGACCCGAACGGCGAGGGGCGGCAGAACGCAAUAAGAGGUUCGCCCGUGUUCCGACAAAGAGAAUCCGAUCGACCGGAGAUGUUCCGUGAGCUUCUCGGGGCACUGCUGCUGAUGGCGGCGGCCUCGCACGCCCAGACUCCGCAGCGCUGCACGUAUACGCUGCCGUUUCUGAGCAAGAUGUCCCGGGGAGUGGACGUGACGCAGCUGGACCUGACUCCUAUGGACACCACCGGACGGGACGGGUUCAGGCAACCCAUCUUCAACUUCACCUGCGACAAGGGCUACCGUGUCAACUAUGCCAUGGGGUGGGGGGGGGGGUUAGAGUCCCCGGACCAAGUGUGGGGGUUGACGCCGAGCACGGGAGAGUGGCUGCCGUCCAGGGUCCGGCUCUACACGUCGUACCAGGACGCGAAGGCGUGGAUGGCGCUCGCGGUCGGCGGGGAUCCGACGCUGGCGACGUACGGCUUCUCCGCCGGGGACUCCUAUGGACGCAUGCAGGACUCGCUCCUCAACGGGUCCCGAUUCGUCCAGGAGGUGACGUCGUUCUACUCGGCCGUGUCGGUGGACCUCAUCCCGCAGUCUUCGACGGUGCCGGGGUUGCUGCUCGACAACUUCGUCAAGGCGGCCAUCGCCGCCCUGCCGGACAGCUACUCCAACAACCCGGGGCCCUACGAAGAUUUCAUCGCCAACUUCGGCACGCACUACUUUAAGCACGCCGACUUCGGUGGUCUCGUGAAGCUCGUCCUGGAGACUCGCUCCGAGUACUUCCUGAACAAAACGGAGCAGGAGGCGAAGAGACAAGCGGAGGCAGCCUUCACCAAGUUGCUUCAGGACAACGGCAGCCAGCUCGCGCAGCCCAUACAGUCCGCCCAGCCGGUCGACAGGAGAUUCGAGGAGAUGACGACGAAAACUGCUGGGUACUUCGGUGUGAACUCGAGCGUGCAGCCGUCGGGCGAUGUCCAGUAUUGGUUGGCCGUUCCCUGGCUCAUCUCGGGCGAGCUCGCAAGCAUCAGCGGGCUCAUCACGGACGCAAACAAGCGAUCGUCCAUGCAGGACGCGGUGUGGAAUCAUCUCCUGCAGGCGUACGUGGACGAGUUGAUGAGGAUCGUCAUGGCGGUCCCCGCGCGGUGGUCCUUCGGCUUGAGCAAGCUCAAGUCGUUGGUGGACAGGACCGCCACUCUUCAGAACACUCGCAUCCUGACGAAGGCGACGGUGGAUGCGCUCGCGACAGACGUGGCGACUCAGGUGGACGUCCCUGCAUGGUUCCAGAGAUGGACGCAGCUCUGCUUUCGAUGGGACGCGGCGGGAGAUCCGUCUCAGUGCGGAGGGGGGGUGGGGCAGCAGCUCUGUGCCAAGCCCGGCAGGAUGACCGAUUUCUACAAAGACGACACCUACAAGGACGAGAAGGGUUGCAAGAUGAGCUGGUCGAUCCAAUCCCUGUUCGAGCCGAGCUGGUUCGACGACGUGCAGCUCUGUUUCCGCUGGUCGUCCGACGGAGACGCGAGGCAAUGCGGGGGAGACGUGGAUCCCACGCUUUGCGCGACGGUCAACUCAUGGACCGUGGUAUACAGGGACAUGACGGAUAAGAGGGCCGGAGGUUGCCGCAUGUCGUGGAUGCUGUCCGUGCCGAAUUACUCCCCCGUCUGGAUCCUGAACGCCAAGAUGUGCAUGUCGUGGUACUCGGACGGGGACGCGACUCAGUGCGGAGGACUCUCGCCCGGUAACUACACGUGCGCCAUCGCCAACGAAUGGACUCCCUACUACCUCGACAACACCGACGACAGGAAGGGAGGAUGCUUUUUGAGCUGGGGUCUCCGAGUGGACUGA